CAUGCCAUUUCAUUUCUUUCAUGGAUUGAUUUGCAUAAAGCCGCGCAUUCUUAAACGGUUUUUCUUUCUUCUCUAUAAACACAUCUCCUCUCCAACGUGUGUGGCAUUCAUUAUCUUCCCACAUUCUCAGGCCAAUUAAUACCAAAUUGGAAGGAAAACUUUUGAAGUUGAUUAAUGGGGAAAAGAAAAUCAAGGGCAAAGCCUCCUCCGAAAAAGAAGAUGCCAAAGCUUGAAACUGCGUUCUGUUGUCCAUUCUGCAACCAUAGCAAUAGUGUUGAAUGUAUCAUAGACAGGAAGAAUUUUGUUGCUGAAGCCACGUGUGGCAUUUGCAUGGCAGAAUUUAACACUUCUGCUCAUGGGCUGACUGAGCCGAUUGACGUAUACUCGGAGUGGAUAGAUGAAUGUGAACGGGUUAACAACAAUGAAGAUGAGGAUAAUUGAUUUUUUGAAUUUUGUACUGAUAUUAUUCCACAAAUUCAAGGACGUGGUCUAAAACUUUGUUGAUAACUGUAGAGGAUUCAAAUUCUAUCUUUGGGCUUAUUAUGCAGUGGUGACUUUCACUAUUAAUUAGAAUAUUGAUUUUUACCUGAAAUUUUAU